GGGUACGGUGGGUACGGUAUUGUGUUUGUUUGGUAGUUGACGGUGUGUUUUGGAAAGCAAGCUGCGGUUAGGCUGUACAACCGGGAAUAAGACCGUCGUGGCCUUAGCCUCUUCAGAGACUUUGUUGUUUUUCAUUCUGAAGAAUGGAUCUUAAAAGAAAGGCAGAAGAAUUAGCCGUAGUUGCAGCUAAGAGAGUAAGAACUGAGGUUGCUAAUGUCAACAAGGGAACAAGUAUUGUCCAGAGUGAUGUAUCGCGAACGUCCAGCCUUAUGUCCCCUAUCAUGCUACUUGAGGGACACCAAGGAGAGAUUUUUACGGUAGAAUUUCACCCUGAAGGGCAAUAUUUGGCAUCUGCUGGGUUUGACCGUCAAAUAUACAUUUGGAAUGUCUAUGGGGAAUGUGAAAAUAUAUCUCUAAUGACUGGUCAUACGGGCGCAAUCAUGGAAUUACAUUUUUCUACAGAUGGUAACACAUUGUUUACUGCUAGCACCGACAACACUUUGGGAAUGUGGGAUAUAGAAACUGGAAUUCGCGUCAAAAAACUUAAGGGCCAUACCUCAUUUGUUAACUCAUGCCAUCCUGCAAGACGUGGGCCACAGCUAGUGUGUAGUGGUUCUGAUGACUGUUCAAUUAAACUAUGGGAUCCACGAAAGCGUGGACAGGGAGUUACUCUCAAUAACACAUAUCAGGUGACAGCUGUGACAUUUAGCGACACAGCUGAACAAAUAUUAUCAGGAGGAAUAGAUAAUGACAUCAAGGUUUGGGAUCUUCGGAAAAAUGCUCUCUUAUAUAGAUUGAAAGGUCAUGGAGAUACUGUUACUGGACUGAGCCUAUCUCCAGAUGGAUCUUAUGUUUUGUCUAACGCAAUGGAUAAUACAGUCCGAAUCUGGGAUGUGCGACCAUUUGCUGCUCAAGAACGCUGUGUCAAGAUUUUGACUGGUCAUCAGCACAAUUUUGAGAAAAACUUAUUGAGGUGUGCAUGGACCUCAGAUGGUUCAAAGGUAUCUGCAGGAUCAGCUGACAGGUUUGUCUAUCUUUGGGAUACAACGUCACGUCGGAUCCUGUACAAACUGCCAGGCCAUAAUGGUUCUGUAAAUGAUGUAGAUUUCCAUCCUAAAGAACCCAUCAUAAUGUCAGGAUCUAGCGACAAGCUUGUGUAUGUUGGUGAGAUUGAUUAGUGACUUUUAGUGUAUGAGUACCAAUGUUGUUUCAGAAUGUCACACUUCUAUUUUUUCACAGUUAUGACCUCAGUUUGCUUUCACUUGUGUAAAAGAAUGUCCUAAAUAAAACAGCAAAAGUAUGUAAAAAAUGUAUACAAAACACUGUGAGACUCUUCAUUUAUGUCUGAUAAUGAUUUUUGUAUCGUCAUUAGGGUCUAUAAUAUUGCCACUAUUAUGUAUUUUAAGUACAUAUGUGUAAUAAAUACUAGUGGAGUUACUUUC